AUGGUAAAAAUCGGCAGGACCGAAAUUCGCUCCACUGUGCUCUUCCACUCUACUCUCGGUGCAAUUCUCCUCUGUUGGCUCCUCAUAACCUCCAUAAUCAACAUCGCCACGACCACUUACCCUCUGACGCACAGGCCGCCAACGCAGCAGACUUCUCGUGGUUGUAACGGCCGCGAAGAGUACUGCAGUCGACCAUACAACAACAUCUCCCAGAUCGGCACCCACGGUUCUCCCUUCUGGGGCAUCCUCCCUUCGCACAACCAGGCAAUAGGGAUAGAAAUGCAAUUAGAUGCGGGCAUCAGAUUCCUGCAAGCGCAGACGAGGAAAAGCCCUAUAUUUGGGGAGCUGAAGAUGUGUCAUACGAACUGCCUGAUCGAGGAUGCUGGGACGGUAGAAGACUAUCUGAUAAAAGUCAAGCGGUGGCUUGAUGCACACCCAAAGGAAGUCGUUACGCUCCUGUUAGUGAAUGGCGAUUACCUCGACGUUGGCAUGUUUGACAGAGUAUUUGCGAAGACUGGAUUGACGGACAUUGCGUACGUGCCGACACCGGCAAAAAGGAGACGGCGGGGGGUAAUCCUGGGGACUGGCCGACUCUGGGCGAAAUGA